AUGUCUACUCACGCGUCCGGAAAACUCAUUAUAGUCUCCAACCGGCUUCCAUUCGUUCUAAAAAAAAAUGAAGAGACGCAAAAAUGGGAAAGAAAAGCCAGGUAUGGAUUUUGAUACAAAAAUGUUAAUUACCAAUAUGAAAUAAUAGUAUACUUUAUCUCUCUUAAAAUAAUUAUGAUAAGAAUCUCAGGUGUAUUAUCAAAAUUUCGUUUUCCGUCGUGUGCAGUGUAGUGUGGUGUUUUGUUACAUAUUUUUAAAACUACGCUUUCGUAUAUUACUUUUUUUAUUUUAUGUAUAAUUAUAUAAAAUAAUAAAUAAAUUAUGCUUAAGAGAUUCGUAGCAAAUACUUUUUACGUGUUUCGACACCAAAUCAACUGUCUACCAUCUUCCAACAUACAUAUUUGCCAGAGUUUGAGAUUUAAAAAAAACAGAUUAGAAAUCGAUGAUUUAGACAAAACGACAAAAAAGUCAAGACCCAAAACGGUUUCACAGCCUAAAAUUACAUUGUUAGGACCUCAAAAAGAUAUAUCUGUUGUAACAAUGGACGUAGCUUCCAAGAUGUGUGAUAGACGAGGCAUGAAGUUAGUAAAAAUUAUUGAUAUUGAUACUAAAACACAUCGCCCUGUAUACCAAAUGAUGUCGACUAAUCAGUUUCUUAAAGAAGAUAAUAAAAAUAGUCAAAAAAAGAAUGAUGAUAAUCCUAAUAAACUUAAAGGGGAAAAGUCCAUUAUGAUUAAUUGUCGUAUAGGCCAGCAUGAUUUAGAAUCGAAAAUUAAUAAUACACAUAAAUGGCUAAGUAAAAUGAAUGAAGUUCGAGUAACUGUAACUGGUGAUACAGCCAACGAAAUUACUGAUCAAAUUAUUGAAAUGACUAAAGAGUAUUCACGAGUUGUUCAAAAACGAGAAAAAGGUGAUUCUAUUAAGUUUCAAUUAUUACCUCUGUCUAAAACUAAAACUUAAUUAUUUAGUUGUAACUAAACAUAAUUUGUUUUUAAAUUUUCUUAGAUUAGAAAAUAUUUUAAUUUUAUAUUAUAAUUUGACACAAUGAUAAAUUUAUGUAUUCUGUUAAAAAAAUUAAUAAAAUGAUUAUUUUAUUUUUUCAUAUUCUUAUUUGUUAAUUUUUAAUAAUCUAUGUGUUGUAUGAACCCAGUAAAAGUGUAUUUUUUGGCUCUAUGUUUUGGAUGGUUUUCAAAUAUGUAAAAUAAAAAAUUAAGAAUGACACUUGCCAAAUACACAAAACAUUACUUAGUACAGUUUAUUUAUAUGAAUACUAUUGGUUCCUAAAUAUUGGUCUAUUGUUUAUUAUAUUUUAUAAUUUAAUUAGUACAUGUGAUUUAAUUUUUAAAUUUAAAUAUUUAAAUUGUAUAUUUGAAUAAUCUUAAGUAAACAUUAUCUAGAUAUACCUAGCUUAAUUAAAGAGCUUUGAUUAUUCAGAUUAGUUAAUUAUUGAAAAAAAGUACUUUUAUAUAUUGGAAUGAAAUUUAGAUCAUUUAUGAUUGACCAUGAGUGAAACUUAUUUAAUAAUUGUAUUUCUAAAAGUAAUUUAAUAUAGCCCUUGAAAACAAAAUAGUAUUGCCAAUCGCUCGUAAAUUAAAUGUUAGUGUAGUCAAUUUAAUAUACAAAAGAAUUCUGUUAAUUUCAAUUAUAAUAAUUAACUCAGUUAAUUUUGUUUACCCAUUAAAAGUAAAAUAAAAAACAUUUUAUAGACAAAUAUACUAGAAGAGUUUAAUAUAUUUAGAAAUGUAUAUGAAUUCUCAAAUAGAACAAUACUCUUAACUUCUAUUUAAUAUUAAUAUUAGGUUUUAAAGUUAUGUUUUAAAGAGUUCAAUUAAUAUUGGAAUAUAUAUAAGUAAUGUAAACAGUUUUGAAUUUACAUUAUUUUAAAAUAUUUGUAUAGUUUCAUUUGUUUAAUAUUUCAUUCAAUUAUUUAUAAAACUAGAACAAUUUUAAAUCAACAGAUACAUUUUUUAUUAGGUUGUCACAAAAAUUGUAUGAGUUUAUGAAUUCAUUUAACAUUGCAAUGAACCAGUACAAAGUAUUGUGAGUUUUCAUACAAUUCAAAACAAAAUUUAAUUUAAUUUAUUAUUCCCUGCAUUGUUAAAUAUAAUAUUUUAAUAAUGCAUGAAGUUUUUGUUAUUAUUAAUUUGAUUACCAAUUUUUAUUUCAAAAUUGUAUCAAUGUGUAAUAUUUAUCAAUCGUUUAAUUUCCAUUUAAUAUUCACGUGUUAUGUGAAUAUCACGUGACCUUAUUAGGUAAUUAUUUAUUCAUGGUACUUACAUGCUUUGGCUGAUUGUUAGACACUUAUUAUUUUUCAUUGUUUUUAUUAAAUAUUUUAUCUGUGUGAAUAUCUUAAAUGCUAUGUUACAGAAUAUUAUUUGGUGUUUUCUGAUGAAAUUGAAGUGUCAAUUAUCUAAAUUGUUUAUAGUAUUAUAUAUAUCUUGACUAGUUGACUAAUAUAAAUUGUGUCGAUACUGUAUUUCAUGACAGGUAAAAUAUUGAUUAUAUUUUCCUACUGAAGGACUUUAAUAUUAGGUAACGCUAAUAAAAUGUUUUGUGAGAGUCAAUAUUUUACAAUAGUAAUUAUUACUAUAAAUAUCAUUAUAUUUAUUGGUAGUGAUGUAAUAUAAAUAUAGACAAUUAGUAUAUUGAUUAUCUAGUUUUUAUUUUUUCUAUUUGUGAACAAAUUUAAUAUACUACCUGAAAUCUUGCUCCUUUCAAUUUUCAAGGGAUUUCUAGUAGGUAGCAAAAUUUGUGGAAUUGGAGAAGUGAUUUUUUGAUUUUACUUAAUAAUUGUAAUAAACUGUACUAAAAAAAAAUAUUUACACAAUUACGAUUCUUGUUAUUUUCGAUUUUGUUUUAUUGCCAUUUGGUUAAAAUCAAUUAUUAUAGAUACCUGAAAUGUUCAUAUAAUCAAGACUUGGAACUUUACCUUCUAAGAAACUUUAAUAAGUGAGAUUAAUUUGCAUUUUAAAGUGGGAUAAUUUGACAAAUAUAUACAAUUUCUAUAUGCAUACUUUUAGGCUCUUGAGUGCUACUGUGCACAUGGUAGUGACUAUAACCAUAACAUAGCCGAAUCUGAGUAGUAUAUUAAUUUAUUGUACCUACUUAUUAUAUUAAACACGAGUAUAGCCAUGAUGUAACAUAUUUUAUUUAUUUACAUAAAUGUAUCUUUUAAAUUUAAUUUGUUCAGUCUUUUUAAUAAUUUGUAACAGUAAUCUCCUAUAUUAGGUUUUUAAUAAUAAUAUGUAUAUAACAAAUAAAUUUUAUAUUAAAAGAAGAAUAUUUAAAACUAAAAUCUAUAUCAUAUUUCAACAUACACAUUUAAUUUGAAUCUUUUUCACCUAUUUUAAACUUAAAAAAUAUUAUCAAUUAUUGCAAAGGUUUUUUUAUGAAAACAAAUUUUGUUAAUAAUUUUCUACUUCAAAAAAAUAUAUAUAUACAAGCUGUCCCUCAAAGGUAUACUCUUUUAAUAUUUUAGGAGCUAAUAAAAAUAAUCAAAUUUUGAUUUUAUAUUUGUUAUUCAAUUUUUAAAAAAAUACAUUUUAUAGAAUGGCUAUCUUAAAAUUUUCUGCAAAUAAUAAAAUAAAGUUAAUAUUUUUAAUAAAAAAAAAAAAAACUAAUUCAAAAAUAAAUAUUUGUAGUUCUCACCCCUGUGAGUAACAUAAAACAAUCAAAAUUUAAUUAUUUUUAUUAUCUCUAGAGAUAUUCAAGGGGUAUUUCUUCGUGGAAUAGUAUAUAUUUAAUUAAAAUUAUAAAUUUUGUAAAAAAAAAAAAAAAUGUAAAAUAAUACAAUAUUGUUUAUUAAAUUAUUUAAAUUAUAAUAUUUUGUGACAUUAUAUAAUUUAUCUAUUGACAUUUGAUAGACUAAAGAACACAUAUAUUAUUAUAUAUAAAUCUCAUAUAAUUGGAACUCCCAAAUGUUAAGAGAUUCAAAGGGGGGAGGGGUAAUCCAGCACUUCUUUUGGUUGUACCCUUGCCUGUGACCAUUGUAGUAUGGUCCACACAAUAAAAUAUAUUAUUCAUCAUAGAAGUCAUGAGAUUUGAGUUUAUUCUAAUAAUAAUGAAGUAAUAAAUUCAAAUUAUUCAAAAAAUAUGGUAUAUGGUGAAUAUGGUUUUUUAAAAUUAAAAUUGAAUAAAUAUUAUUUCUUGAAUAUUUUUAUUUUAUUUUUCAAAAAUCCCAUUUACAGGUAAAACAAAUUGUAUAAUUAAACACAAUCAUUAUCAAAAUAACAAAUCACGUUAGCUGAUUGAGGAAAACAGAUCAUGGGGACUUAAGAAGAAAUUUAGAAAAGUAUAUGAUGGAUGUAGAAGAAAAUAAUGAGUAUUUUGAGAAGGAACAUAGAAACGUUUUCCGAGAACCAAUUUGAUUAGAUAAGAGUUUGGACCGAAAUAGGUUAGCCAGAUGUCUAUGAUUAAUAAGGCUAGAAAGAUCCAACAUUAGUAGGACAGGGAAUGUUAAACCAAAAUGCAACUAUUUAAAGGAACUUCUUCUGGACUCACUCAACAAUAUCACCAGUGAAAAAUGUGUAUGGGUCCCAGAAGACAGUACCAAGAAUGGGGCGUAUAAUAGUAUAGUAAGGGAUUUGAAAGGUGUAAGGAGACAAUCUCAGAAGAUGUAAUUAACAAAGUCAAGUGGUAUAAAAGACUCUCAGCAAGCUUCUUGGAUACAUAGUAUUACUUGCACGUAUAUUGUAUGUUUGUUAACCUACUUAUGAGUAACUUGUUAAAUGUUUUACAAAAUUUGAUCUAAUUGACUAGAUGUUACCAUAAACUGUAUUCAACACUUUCUUCAAUUAUUUUAGUUAAAUAAUGUAAUAGUUUUACUAAAUAUGUUUAGGUGCAAAAAUUUAGUAAUAAACCUGCACGUCUAUUUUUAUUUUGUUUUGGUUACCUAUAGUUUUUAAUAAAAUAUUAUAUACUUUACAAUAUAACAUUUGAAUAUUUAUUAUUUUAGUGCUGGUGGUUUAGUUACUGCUGUGGCACCAGUCGUAGUUCAAGGAAAUGGAUUAUGGAUUGGAUGGCCUGGUGUUCAUUUAGAGAAGGGAGAAAAAAUACCUGAAUCGGAUCCUAAUGAUACAACACCUACUGCUGGAUUACGUUCAAAUAAAGUGUGUUAUUUUAUUUAAAAAAAAAUAAACCAUAAAACCUACAAUUAUUACCCAAAUACAUUUUUUUAAUGUAAUAUUUAGGUUAUAUCUGUUGAUUUUGAUCCCCAAACGUUUGACAGUUAUUAUAAUGGUUGCUGUAAUGGAACAUUUUGGCCACUUUUUCAUUCAAUGCCUGACAGAGCACAAUUCUCUGUUGAAGCUUGGAGAGUAAUAACACUUUAAAUAAGAGUGGGGGAACCUAAAUUAAUUAAUUUGUUUUUUUCUUAGUCAUAUUGUGCGGUCAAUAAAGAAUUUGCAGCUAAAACAGUGGAUGCUUUAGAAAAUUUGUCAAGAGAAGAUACAGAUUCUGGAACACCUCUAGUUUGGCUGCAUGAUUAUCACCUAAUGUUGGCAGCCAAUAGCAUUAGAAAUGUAAAUUGAAACUUAAUUAUUAAACAAAUUUUUUUAUCUUUAUAUAUGUUUGGUAAAAAAUAAAUAAAUAUAAAUUUGUUUUGACAAUUUUGAAUGCAGUUAAUAGUACAUAUAUAGGUUUUUUUUUAAAUUGUAUAUGUAUAUAAUAUACAUUUUGCAUUCAUUUAAUUUAUUUUAGGCAGCUGAUGAAAAAAAUUUGAAAUUUAAACUAGGAUUUUUUCUACACAUACCAUUCCCACCGUGGGAUAUCUUCAGAUUAUUUCCAUGGUCUGACGAAAUUCUUCAAGGAAUGUUAGGUAAGUUAUAGUAUUAAAAUUAAUCUAGAUAUUACAUUUAUAUUUAAAUAUUUAAACUAUAAAAAAAAAUUUAUUUCAAAGGUUGUGAUAUGGUCGGUUUUCAUAUUGAUGAUUAUUGUUUAAAUUUUGUGGAUUGUUGUCAACGAAGAUUAGGAUGCCGUGUUGAUCGAAAACAUUUACUUGUUGAACAUGGUGGCCGUACUGUACGUAUCCGUUCUUUACCUAUUGGUAUACCAUUCGAUAGAUUUGUAGAAAUGGCAGAACAAGCACCAACAGUUAUCAGUACAUCUUUACAAUUAGUACUUGGUGUAGAUCGAUUGGAUUAUACUAAAGGAUUAGUACACAGACUAAAAGCUUUUGAGUUAUUAUUGGAGCGAUACCCUGAACACAAAGGUAAGGUAGUACUAAUGCAAAUUGCUGUACCAUCACGUACUGAUGUUAAAGAAUAUCAAGACCUUAAAGAGGAAAUGGAUCAGCUUGUUGGACGUAUUAAUGGACGUUUCACAACACCUAAUUGGUCUCCUAUUAGAUAUAUUUAUGGCUGUGUUAGUCAAAAUGAUUUGGCGGCCUUUUAUCGAGAUUCAGCUGUUGCUAUGGUCACACCACUUAGAGACGGCAUGAAUUUAGUAGCUAAAGAGUUUGUUGCUUGUCAAAUCAAAGAACCGCCGGGUGUUCUUAUUGUAUCACCGUUUGCUGGAGCUGGGGAAAUGAUGCAUGAAGCUUUGAUCUGUAAUCCAUAUGAAUUAGUUGAAGCUGCUGAUACUUUACAUAGAGCAUUGACCAUGCCUGAAGAUGAAAGAAUGUUAAGAAUGAGGUGUUUGAGGCGUAGAGAAAAAGAACAUGAUGUUGAUUAUUGGAUGCGGUCUUUCUUAAAAGCAAUGGGCACUUUAAUAUUUGAAGAUGGAGAUGAUGUUUUACCAACUACUAUGCAACCAGUAACUUUACAAGACUUUGAUGAUUAUUUAUCAAAGUAAAUGAUAUUUGUUUAAAUUCAUAAAUAAUAUAUAUAUAUUACAUUAAAUAACUUUUAUUGCAGAUAUAUUGGUAGCACCAACAAACUUGCCUUAUUAUUAGACUAUGAUGGAACAUUAGCUCCAUUAGCUCCACACCCAGAUCUUGCCAUAUUACCUUUAGAAACAAAAAGUGUUCUAGAAAGAUUGGCCAAUAUGUCUGAUGUAUACAUAUCUAUUAUUUCUGGCAGGAAUGUUCAUAAUGUGAAAGAAAUGGUAAGUAACUAAAUUGUAAUAUUAAUACUAAAUGCAUAAAAUGUACUAAAAUUGUUUUUCUAAUAUUAGGUAGGUAUUGAGGGUUUAACUUAUGCUGGUAAUCAUGGAUUAGAAAUUCUUCAUCCAGAUGGCAGUAGAUUUGUGCACCCAAUGCCUAAAGAAUAUGAAGAUAAAUCAGUUGAUUUAUUGAAAGUACUUCAAGAACAAGUAAAUAUUAUAAAUUAACUAUUAAUUUAGAAAUAUGCACGCUAAAUUUUUACUGUUUAGGUUUGUAAACACGGAGCUUGGGUAGAAAACAAAGGUACUUUAUUAACAUUCCACUACCGUGAAGUACCUGUUGAUAUCCGACCUGAGCUUGCAUCUACAGCACAGCGACUAAUUGAAGAAGCAGGAUUUAAAGCAGGUCAGGCUCAUUGUGCAAUUGAAGCUAAACCUCCAGUGCACUGGAAUAAGGGACGUGCGUCAUUGUAUAUUUUACGGACUACUUUUGGCCUGGAUUGGAGUGAACGUAUCCGUAUUAUUUAUGCUGGUGAUGAUGUUACUGAUGAAGAUGCGAUGCAGGUAAUUUAAAUUUAUAUUAAUUAGUAUAAAGAAAUUAAUAGUAGUUAAUUUAUUUUAUUUCAAAGGCUUUAAAAGGUAUGGCAGCAACUUUUAGAGUAGCUCAAUCUCAGAUAGUAAAAACUUCGGCUGAACGUCGACUGCCAAGCACAGAUUCUGUGUUAACUAUGUUGAAGUGGGUUGAGAGACAUUUUGGCAAACGCUUACCUCGUGAAGAUAGCAUUGGCAAUUUAAGCAAUAGUCUGCAGAUGUCAUUAGGUGAAAUGAAAAUGGAACUCAGUAUGCCAGAGCAAAAAUCUCCACAGUAG